UUCUCAUUCUGUCUCCCCCUUUCUCUCUCUCCCUCUCUCUCUCUCUGAUAAAUCCACGCCCUGGUGGAGAUGCAGAAGCAUAGACGCCAGCAAACACUUCACACACACUCUCACUCUCUCCUUCCCUGCUUGUGGAAACAGCCAUUUGUACCAUACGCUAGCAUGUCUGACAAGCCAGAUCUCACAGAGAUUGCCAGGUUUGACAAAACCAAACUGAAGAAGACAGAGACAAAAGAGAAGAACCCUCUGCCCACCAAAGAGACUAUUGAACAGGAAAGAAAAGGAGAUACAAGCCCCUAACCUGAUGGAGAAGAGGAAGGCCAAGCACAACAGAUGCUCCUUCGAUGGCACGUUAUUAAAUAUUAACUAUUUAUGUUUCCUUUUUAAGUUUAGUGGGUACUACUGCCCCUUGUGAUGCAUGGUUACCAUGGUGAUUGAAGUCACCUUCUGGAAAACAAGACAUGGAGUGACAUAAGAUAGUGUUUGAACAUGGAUCUUUUAACAAAUUCCAUUCAUAGCAAUUUUCUAAAUAAAAAUCUUCAUGAAAUAAAGACAAAUAUGAACACACA